CGGCCGGGCACCUCCACACGCCUGGGAGCCGGACGCAUCCCGGAGCCGACUGCGCGGCUGCCUGUGUCUCCGGAAAGCCCCGCCGCCGCCGCCGAAGUGGCGAAGUGAGGCGGCGGCUGAGCCCCGCAUCAUGGAGGGCAGCUCCGCCGCGGCCCCGGCCCCAGCCCCAGUCUCCACCGACAACCGCCGCCUCCCGCGUCCGGUCUGCCGGCUCUCGUCGCUGCUCUCAGGGCUCCGUUCCUUCCUCACCUCGAAGACAGUAUGAAGGAGACGCGGGGCCAUGAGAGUUCCCCUUCCUGCACGCGCCUCAACCACUCCUACCCCGGCAUCUGGGCGCCGGAGCGCUCCGCUGAGGCGCAGAGCAACCUAACGCGUCCCGCGGGGCCCGGCGAGGAUUUCGGCUCGGUGUCUGUAGCCUUCCCGAUGACCAUGCUGAUCACUGGCUUCGUGGGCAACGCGUUGGCCAUGCUGCUCGUGUCUCAGAGCUACCGGCGCCGGGAAAGCAAGCGCAAGAAGUCGUUCCUGCUAUGCAUCGGCUGGCUGGCGCUCACCGACCUGGUAGGGCAGCUGCUCACCAGCCCGGUGGUCAUCGUCCUGUACCUGUCCCACCAGCGCUGGGAGCAGCUCGACCCGUCUGGGAGACUGUGCACCUUCUUCGGACUCAUCAUGACCGUCUUUGGGCUCUCUUCGCUCUUCAUCGCCAGCGCCAUGGCCGUCGAGCGGGCGCUGGCCACCCGGGCGCCGCACUGGUACUCGAGCCACAUGAAGACGAGCUCCACCCGCGCCGUGCUGCUCGGCGUGUGGCUGGCGGUGCUCGCCUUCGCCCUACUGCCAGUGCUGGGCGUGGGUCAGUACACCAUCCAGUGGCCCGGGACGUGGUGCUUCAUUAACACCGGGGCAGGGGGCAAUGGGACUAGCCCUUCGACCAACCGGGGCAACAUUUUCUUCGCUUCCUCCUUUGCUUUCCUGGGGCUGUCAGCGCUGGCAGUCACCUUCGCCUGCAACUUGGCCACCAUUAAGGCCCUAGUGUCCCGCUGCCGGGCCAAGGCCACGGCGUCGCAGUCCAGCGCCCAGUGGGGCCGGAUCACGACCGAGACGGCUAUCCAGCUCAUGGGGAUCAUGUGCGUGCUGUCGGUCUGCUGGUCGCCGUUGCUGAUAAUGAUGUUGAAAAUGAUCUUCAAUCAUACAUCAGUUGAGCACUGCAAGUCGUACACAGAAAAGCAGAAAGAGUGCAGCUUCUUCUUAAUAGCUGUUCGCCUGGCUUCACUGAACCAGAUCUUGGAUCCCUGGGUUUAUCUGCUGCUAAGAAAGAUCCUUCUUCAAAAGUUUUGCCAGCUUUUGAAACGACACUCAUAUGGAACAGGCAUGGAGGGUGGGACAGAGAACAAAGAGAAAGAGGUGAAGGAAAACCUGUGUAUUUCUAACUUGUCAAGAUUCUUCAUCCUUUUAGGCCAUUUCACAGAAGCAAGGAGAGGAAGAGGCCACAUUUAUCUUUUCAUAAUUGAGCAUCAGUAGGACAAAGUGAGGAGUAGCCAGUGUUCUUUUCUGUAAGAGUGAAUGUUAAAUUCACUCAACUCAUCACUGACUGCUAAACUCUUUUUCUUCCCAAUCUUCCUGCAUAUAUAUGAAAUAUCUUACCUUCUCCCUCUUCUUUAACCAAACAAUUUUGUACAAAUAGCAUAAAGUUGAACAUUUCUUUAAGGAAACAAAUUAAAAAUAGGCACUGAUUAUUUUGAUCUGUUUACAACAAAUGAAUAUAUUAUUUUCAAAAUGUAUCUAAGUAAGAAUUGAAAUCAUUGGCACUUCAAUCAAUCAUGUAAAACUCAGUAUAGAAAGUGUACAUUUCUCCACCUCUCCUACUCAGCACCCCAUCCCUACACACUUGGUUAAAUGGGAAGGUAUACUGUUGUCACCUUUAUGUAGUUAGUUAUCUUAAGUGUAUUUAAACAUAUCUUCCAGUAUGUUUUAAAGGGUAGUCUUCAAUAUGGUGGAGACGAAAAAUAAAAGAGACUAUGAAAAGUACAUCAGAAUUUUGACGGCAUUCUAGUCAGAGCCAGUCUGUGUACUUAACAAAUGUACGUUAUUUAUGUUGUGCUUGUCAAUGGAAAAUAAAGUCGAAUAUUCUGAAA